AUUGCAUGCUGCAUGCUGCCACAACAACACCACGCAUCGUCUCAUUCAUUUCUCAGACGAUACAACGUAGACGCAGCUUGAAAUGGCUCAAUUUCAAGAGGAUAACGAUUCAAUGUGUGAUGACAGUGACAUUUUCGAUAAUGUCGUAAUGGCAGAAAAUAGGUGCCAAGCUGCUGGCUUUGAGGAAGGCUUCCAGAAAGGGGAGGAGCUGGGCAGAGAGCAGGGCCUAACCAUGGGCAUAGAGAAAGGAAGACAGAUUGGCGAUGAAUUGGGCUUCUAUUUUGGUUUCAUCGUAACAUGGCGAGCUGUGCUGAAGAAUAAACCGGAAGAUGAUAAGAAUGUUACCAGGCCUUUGAAGAUUAUUGAAAGCUUAAUCAGCAUCAUUCAAGAACUGCCAAAAGAAGAGCCAAAUAGUGUCAAGUACUGGGACAUUGUUCAAAAGAUCCGAUCAAAAUUCAAGCAGGUAAUAUAAUAUGAAAUAAUAUGUGACCUGCCACCCCAAAACCAACAAUAAGUCGACCAAAAUGAAUAUUGCGAUUUUUAUUGAGCUUGAAAAUUCACUUUGUAAGCUUUAAAAUGAUAUAUAAUAUGUUAAAAUUGACCAACAAUAACCAUUACAAGUACUUGAUCGAAUGCAGAGGAAAUUCAGCAAGCGCUUCAAAAAUAAGGAGAAAACAAAGUUUGAAGUUUGGGGUUCACUCAAGCAUGAGAUGUGCAUACUGUGUAAUCUCAGUGAAACUUCCAAGCAGUCCGAAAAAAGUAGUGUCCAAGAAACUCUUGUAUCUUUUCAUUUAUUCAACUUCACGACUUCAAAUUUUCACAGUAUGAAGAAGAAUUGCUCAUUCAGAUAAGCUGUUUUCAAUUUUUUGUUUUUGGAGACUAAAUUACACUUUUAGCUAUUUACAGAGAACCUUACCUGGUUACUUAUUGUUGGUUUGGGGUGGUAGGUCACUUUGUCAUUUGAACAUUAACCCUAAUAAUCCAGGGGUAUUUGGAUUCUUGUCAUUUACAGGGGGGGGGGGGCAUUUUAGCCUCCCUUAAGAUCUUCACUUUGGAUCACAUGAUCGCAAGGAAAAUUUGCACGAUGGUAGAGAAUGAAGUGAAUAGGUAAAAUAUAUAUUUUUCGAUUAAUUAAUUAUGCUAAUUUGUUCACUAAAUGAUACUUAUUGCUCUAAUUUCUUUAAAUCACUUGACUGUGGUCAAAGGUUAUUUUCGGUCAAUGAACUGUCACCAUGUUUGGGGGUAUCAACAAAGGGAUACGAAAGUGGCCAAACGUGGUUUCGAGCUCGGCCUGGCUCAAGUAUUCGCAAUUCUCCGUACAUCGUCGGCAACCCGAGAACUCGAUGUACAGAUACAAACGGGCCUUGCUUUCGAAAAAAUUUCGAAUAGUAACGGUCAUCCACGAUUGCUUGAAAACCUGCAGUGGGCGGCAAUUGGUGAGUUGAGUAGGCUUGGAAAAAGCCUGUUGCGACACAGCCGCCUUUCCCCACAACGGCAGGCUCUUGUGCAGUUUUUACCCCGGAUCUUGCAGGGGCAACCCCGCUUCCCCGUUCCUUAGAAGCAUGAGCCAGUCGGCCUACAUGUGCAGCAUGUCGAUAUCACCCAACGACAAGUCGGCCAUAGAUGUGUCUGAUAGGUGUAUAGUAUCCAUAUUUUAUUUUGUCAAGUAAUAUCAAACUCAGAAGCAAAGAGAUAAAUUUCCAAUGAUUUCUGAGAUCAAAUACAAAUCAAACUUGGCCGUAUUUUCACGACAAUAAUAAUGCGAUAUAUCACAAUUGCACAAUUUGAGUAUUAUCGUACGUACGUGUGUACAUGCAGAGCUGCAGAACUGAAGAAUAACGAUCAGCGAUCCAACAGAAUAAUCUACCCCACCCUCAGCAACAUUUUUCUUCGCUGCUCCGAAAUGAUCGUGAUACAGGUGCGUGCCUUAUAGGGAAAGCGAAUGGUAUUCAACGUACAUGAAUUGCGGAUGACGUGUCCCUAUAAAAUCUUAACCAAGCUUUUGAAAUAUCAUGACUUCAAGAGUAUUUGUGGAUCUAGUUCGUGAAACUUGCACAUAAGAGUGACCAAGUUUCAUUGAUCGUCUUCGAUGACUUUCAGGUAACAUGAUUAAGGUCAAAGGUCUUAAGGGUCAAUGAACUUUGACUAUAUUGAGGGUAUUCUUUUUAAAUGUCAUCUUAACUUGAAAGUUUAUAGAUCACAAUCCAUGAGUUUCACGUCAGAUGAUUAAGGUCAAAGGUCAUUUGUGUUCACUAAACUUUGACCGUGCUUAAUAAUAAUAAUCCGCAUUUAUAUAGCGCUUAACACAUCGGAAGGACGUCUCUAGACGCUUUACAGAUAUAUUAUUAUCCUGGUCAUCGGAUCCUUGCAUGCCCGCAUGCAAUCUAUGCACCUCCACUCCCUGGGGAGCAUUUCAACAAGAGUUCCAAGACUCAAUUGCUAGGCAUACUACAUAGGCUUUCGCAUCCUAUUUAACCCAUUUAACACCUGGGUGGAGAGUGGCAAAUAGUGGAUUGACGCCUUGCCAAAGGACGCUAGGCCAUUGUGGGAUUCGAACACACGACCCUCUGAUUACAAGGCGAGAGUCAGAACCGCUACACCACAGCGCUUGGGGUAUCAACAUGGAAAUCUUAACCAACAAGAAGGUUUUGAAAUGUUUUAUAUGGGCCUAUUUCAUGAAACUUGGACAUAUAGGUAAUCAAGAAGUUUCAGGUCACGUGAUCGUUGUAUAUAUUUUUAUUUCUAGAUUUUAUAUAUUUUUAAAUUUAAGUUUGAAUAAUAAGAAGAUUCUGGCUGGGAGAUGGUGGCCUGUGAAUUAUGUACCAACCGGGCUUUGCCCCUUAAAUUGUAGGUGAAUGGCCACGCCCAGUUACAUUUUUAUGUAUACAUUUUUUUAAUAUUUAGUUUCUGUAAUAAUUAGAUUCUGGCUAGGAGAUGGUGGCCUGUGAAUUAUUUACCUACAGUGCACCAGGCUUUGCCCCUUAAAUUGUACAUUGUAGGUGAACGGCCAGUCGGCCACGCCCAGUUACAUUGUAUAUGCACUUUUUUAUAUUUAGUUUCUGUAAUAAUUAGAUUCUGGCUGCGAGAUGGUGGCCUGUGAAUUGUGUACCUACCGGGCUUUGCCCCUUAAAUUGUAGGUGAACGGCCACGCCCAGUUAUAUAUUUUAGAUAUACAUUUGUUUAAUAUUUAGUUUCUGUAAUAAGUAGAUUCUGGCGGGGAGAUGGUGGUAAUGUUGUAACCCGUCCCCGUUGCGGUACGGGUUAACCUGCCGGUAUGCCCCCGAUCGCGGGUUGCGGGCCGGGCCGAGUUCAUUCUCAAACCCGCAGACCGUCAUGCGAAAAAAAAGGGAGAAGUAACGACGCAUAAUAAAAACAUUAACUAUGAAAAUUGAGUUAGGAUCAUGUGCUUCUUACGUGGCAGAUUCUUUCAGAGACGUAGAUAUUUCCUUUUUAAAAAAUGCUGGCGUAUUUUUGUCUUGUGAACAGUGAACAGGACUGAGACAGUUCGACAUAAAUACAUUGAGUUGCUCUUUAGAAGAAGGAGCGCGUGCCAGUGCAGCGCAGCACAGUCUAGUCAAAAGCAAUCGCAUAGGCCAAUGAAACUCGAUGUCGAGUUUCCCGUCCCAUUUUUUCCAGCUCAUAAUGAGGAUUUCAUUAUUCAUUAUUUUCCAGAAGAUAAAAGUUUGACCUUUUGUAACCUUUGAACGCACUUUUAUUCUGUGGAACUGUCUUGAAGCCAGGGAGCAAAUCAAUAAUUUUUUUUCGGGGGUUCCAUUUUCAUUUUUUUGGUAAUAUUUCAGGGUCUCCAUUUCUACCGUUUUGGAGGCUAUUUUUUUCAUUUCGGGGGCUCUUUUCAAAUGCUACGUUUUUGUAUUUUGAGGAAUCCCUGUUCACUUAUUAAAUUAAUUAUUACUUAUUGUUUAAUAUUGCAUGAUUUUAAAGUUAUUUUUUUCAUGCUUAGAAUCUUGGAUGUGGGUGUGUUUGUGUGGGUGUGACUAUGAGUUGAACUUGGAUAUAAAUGAAUUCAAUAUCUAAUUUCUACUCCAUCUAAUUCCAGUACUUGGCCAUGUAAUAAAGGCCCACAUACCCUAACUUUUCCUGAUGUUCUUUGAAAACGCAGAUCUCCACGAAA